AAUUGUUUGAUACUUCAGUCACUGGAAAGCGCGCGCUCGACGUAGUAGUAGUGCCUGUUGUGAUAGUCGUUCUAUAGAAUUUCUUAGCAUAGAUUGAACCAGGGAGUUGAUAUCAUCCCCCUGAUUGAACCUGCCAUUUCUUGUAAUACCCUAGCCCAACUGCUUUAACCCAUUUCAAGAUUGAUUACUGAAGUAAGACAGAGCGAAAGAAAGCGAACAUAUAACAAGAGCUCUUGUUUGACGGCACCGCGUGUCAAUUCUGUUAUAGUUCUACCGGUAUACCACCAACAUGGCAUCUGCGGACGCAAAAGGCCUGGAGAUGGUGGAGAAAGGGAAGAAAGUUGAAGAGCAACCAGAGGAGGAGGUGGAGGAGAGGGUUGGAUGGGGAAAUAAAAUGGACUUUAUCAUGGCUUGUAUCGGCUACGCUGUCGGAUUGGGCAACGUCUGGAGGUUCCCUUACCUGGUCUAUAAAAACGGUGGAGGUGCCUUUCUCAUACCAUACUUCAUCUCCCUGGUAUUAUGUGGUGUACCUAUCUUCUUCAUGGAAAUCUCUCUCGGUCAGCAGCUACAAACUGGUGGUAUCUCCGUAUGGGAAAUAUAUCCUAUUCUUAAAGGUGUGGGCUUUGCUGGAGCGACCAUCUCGGCCAUCUUGAAUACGUACUACAUCGUGAUCGUUGCCUGGUCUCUCCUCUACUUCUUCUACUCCUUCCGUACGAAGCUCGUAUGGGGAGACUGUGACAACGAGUGGAACGAUUUCUUCUGUAACGAUCCAAUUUAUCAGACGAAUUGUUCGGCUCCCGAUGGUUUCUUUUGCACAUCUAAUGGCACAUUUAUCAAUAAGACAGAAGGAGAGUCACCGGCUCAACAAUUCUGGGAGAACCGAGUUUUAGGCAUCAGUGAUGGUAUUGAUAAUAUUGGAGGUCUAAGAUGGGAUCUGGUAGGAUGCUUGGCGCUAGGUUGGAUCCUUACAUAUCUUUGUAUUGUGAAAGGUGUUAAACAGACAGGAAAGAUUGUUUAUUUCACAGCUUUAAUUCCCUAUGUCAUCCUGCUCGCACUUUUGAUCCGAGGUCUAACGUUACCAGGGUCUUCUGAUGGUAUCUAUUAUUUCAUCAAUCCUGAUUGGGACCGUCUGAAGACACCAACAGUUUGGAUCGAUGCGGCAACACAAAUCUUCUUUUCAUAUGGUGUUGGAAUAGGCUCGCUUAUAUCUCUUGGAAGUUACAAUCCUAUUAGAAAUAAUUCUGUUAUUGAUACUAUUGUGGUAGGAGUUGUGAAUGCUGGAACCAGUUUAUUUGCUGGAUUUGUCAUCUUUGCUAUCCUGGGUUUCAUGGCACAUGAACAAGGUGUUCCUGUGUCAGAGGUCGUAGAUGAAGGGCCCGGUUUGACGUUUGUCGCCUACCCAACAGCUGUGUAUUACAUGCCUGGUGCACCAGCGUGGGCCGUCAUCUUCUUUGCUAUGCUGAUCAUGCUUGGUCUCGAUAGUCAGUUCUGUGUAGUUGAAGGACUUGCCACCUCUUUGAUGGAUGAGUUCCCACAAUACGGCCUCCGCAAGAACCGCUCUGUCUUCCUCGCCAUCUUCUGCUUCGUUGAUUUCCUACUCGGUCUUCUUUGCGUAACAGAGGGUGGGAUGUACUUUUUCCAGUUGAUGGACUCCUAUGGUGCGAGCGGUAUCUGCUUACUGUGGGUCGCCUUUUGGGAAUGUGCGUCAGUGUCCUACGGCUACGGCAUCAAGAACUUCUACAACAGGAUAAGCACGAGUAUUGGUUUUACCCCCGGCUGGUACUGGCCCCUAUCCUGGGCCGCUCUUACCCCGGCUAUCAGCAUGGGUAUCUUCUUGUUCAGUCUUAUUGACUAUCAACCAGCCAAGUACGGUGAGGACUAUUACUACCCUGUCUGGGGUGAGAUCAUCGGAUGGAUGAUGGCCAUCGUUUCUAUGCAAUGGGUCCCAAUCUAUGCUAUCUAUAUCAUCCUCACAACUCCUGGCUCCUUCAAAGAUCGAUUACGCAUCGCCACAUCUCCCCGCAUCGUUCUCCCCGAACCACCCCCAUUGGAGGAUGAGACGUUAUCAGUGGAAGCAAACGGCAGCGACGGUUCCGACUCAAUCAAGAAUAAUACAACAAUGCCGCCGAACUACGACACCGCCAUAGCCGGUGAUAAGAAAGUUUACGAAAACGAAGGAUUCAGCCCGUUAUAAAAGACUCGUUGGAAGAAGAAAAGACACGGUAUUUGCAGCAAUUAGGAACUUGAGUGCAUAGCAUUGAGUUAUAUUCUAAUGGGGCGUUUUGUCAACAAGGAGGGUGAAAAGCAAACCCAUGAAAAUCUGUCUCAACCGAAGCGAGGGGAAGCCGAUGUGGUGUUUAGAGUAAUGUGAUCUUAGGAGAAAGAUCUCUGUUUUGAUGAACAUGCUAAAGUCCUCGUCAUUGUGGGGUGCUUGCAUCAGAGCCCAAUAUUGAAUAUACAUUGGCAGACAACCAGCCUUAUUGUGCCAGUCAUUCUUCCUUCCUUAUGCCGCGAAUUACAAUUCAGUCGCCGUCAAAUUUAUUACAGCAAUAUGGGCAGGCAGAUGAUUUCAUCAUUCAUUGAACUGUUAUAGUGAAGCUCGAAUAAACAAUGAAUUGUAAUCAUGAUGAAAUACCGGUAUUGAACGAAAUUCUAAUCAUUGAUUGAUAAAAAUGAAGGUGUUUGCUUAUUAGUUUCCACCUCCUUGGAUGAGAAUCAGGUAUACUUUUAAGACGUAAACUCAACAUAAUACAUAUGCCUUUGCUGCCCGGUGUAUGAUGUUAAGAUUUAGACUAAAGGAGUCUAAAAAGACUUGUUUGUAAUGGAAAUAUCAAAAGGUGAUAAUAACAUUUAGUCACUCAUUAUUUCUUCUCAAUUUUUUUCCUCCUCUUCUUGAAUUUCAUCUUCUUCUUUUCUUCUUUCACCUCUUCAUCCUUCUUCUUUUGCUUCUUCUUUUUCUCAUUCAUGUUCUUCGCCAUCGUUGCCCUGUUCCUUUCAGUGUUCUCUUUCCCUGUUCAUUUCUCCUCUCGGUCUUUUUCCUUUCUUAUCUGCACGAACAAUGUAGACUAAGUUUCUCUUUGUGUUUGAACUAGUAUCGAAACUUGAACAUGCUUUUAUAUGAAGAAAAAACAAACAUUUUGUUUAUAUCAAACCAAAAGAUUUUUUAGAUUUUCACUUGAAAACCAAAAGAAAAAUCAACAAAUUGUAUUUUCUAUUUAUAAGAAAAUAUUUGACGUAAAAUAUAACGCAGCUGGUACGUUAACUAUAUAUAUACAUGUAUAUCAUGAUCGGAAACAGUUGAUUUGCAGUUGACUUAGUAAACAAAAUUAGUGGUCUAUUUUCAAAUUGUACAACAUUUUAGUAAAAAAUAUGCUACUAUUAUUAUUACAUUUCAAAUUUGUUUUUGUUAUUUUACGUUUACCAAAUAUUUAUAAUACAACAUGUGACAAGCGAAAUCGGGGAUGUCUACUAGAACAAUGCAAUGAAUUUAUUUCAUCUCAAAUUAGGUAUUUUGAACCUCAUAUUUUUCAAUUAAUACCAGUGUCAUUUGGCUACAAAUGGUCAUGUAAUAUGUAACAAACAUGUUUGUCACUUUCAUCUCAGGUAUUUCUUAUUGUCUCUUCUUUUUUUCCUCAUUAUAUAAUCAUAGAGUAUGAUUUCUAGAGCACAGAUCAGAGAACUUUUUAUUUUUGGAUGAACUUUAUCUUUAAAAGUUAAACAAACUAUGCAUGCAUAAUUAUGUAUUAUAUUGUAAAUAGAUUAAGAAUAAAACUGGGGGAAAUAAUUAUAGGAAAGUAUAACAUUUUGAAUCGGUUGGAAAGAAUUUCUUAACCUCUGACGUAAAUCUUUAGAUCUCUCUAUAUCCCUUUUUCUGUUUGCUCGUAUGGCACUAUAAUUAUCAACAUCCUCAUUUAUUAUAAAGUAUAACAACAUCAUUAUCAUUUGGUACAUGUAUGAAUAAUUGCGCCAAAACAUCGAUGAUAUGAGAUGAUUCAAGUUUAUCAAAUGAUCUACUCUAUCCGGUAGAUUACAUAUAUAUGUAAAUCAAAUCGUAUCGUCUUUAAAUGGUUCUGCAAUUUCUUCUGAUAGUCCAAAUUUAAGACUAAACCAGCGAAAUUGUGAAGAUUAUUUUUAUGCACAAUUUGACGACUUCCCAUUUCUUGGCGCGUCGCGAAUGUGAUUAUGACGUUUGUUCACCAUACUAGGAGCAACUGUCAUGUCUUGUAUAAGGCUGAGUAUGUUGAAACAUACUAAAAUAGUUGUUCGGUGAUAUUCACUGCAUAUUAGAUAUUAUGGUAUUGAUUGGUAUAUUUAUAUUAUCUGUCAAUGCACAUUAUAUUUUUUACAUACAAACAGUUGAUCUGUGUUUUUGUUAUGAAUUCUUGGGCUGCAAAAAAGAGAUUGUACUCUGCCGUGCAGAAAUGUAUGCAUUCAAGAUAUUUAGAAUUUUGGAAUUUCUAUAGUUUUACAGUUUGGAGAAGACCGAACAACAGCCGUAAUAAAAAUCACUGACUUUUUGUUUUAAUGUAGUGUGUACAUUAGAGGCCGUGCCCAUGAUCUUAUACAAAUAUUAUCGAUUACUUUAUAGUUCCCCAGUUUAUUUCGGGCUAUAGCGACUUUUAUGCAAAGAAUUUCACGAGCAGUGAGACUCUAAUCAUUAUUUUGUAAGAGAAUGCUUCAAUCAGUAGAAUUCCUCUAGUAGCAUAAAUGUCAACUCCAUUUCAAGGAUUGCCGAAUGAGCCCACUCCAUU